GAAGAUAGCACCUAGAUUUAGACAGGUGGUCACAACUAAGCAAAACUGCAAGCGACACAUCAAAGAUUCCAUGUACACACAUGACACCUAAAAGCUUAUCAAGAUGUAUACUAUUGAUUUAUUUUUACACAUGCUUGAAUUCUAUGUUGGCAUUCAGCUUUAGACACUACACGGUAAAGACUAAUGUUGUAAAUCGCAAUGCCCUAGGACAAACAAGGCACGAUGCUUCAGACAAUUCCAUGGAUAAAGACGCUUACAGGAUAGGUUUGGGUUACGACAUUCACCGAUUAGUUGGCACUGGUAAAGGUGGCAAGCCUUUCAAGCUUGGUGGCGUAUUGGUGGACGAUUCCAAGAUUUUUGUUGUUGGCCAUAGCGAUGGUGAUACUUUGCUACACGCCUUGGCAGAUGCUUUAUUAGGUGCCACUGGUUGUGGUGAUAUAGGUGACUAUUUUUCCGAGCUAGAUUCAAUAAACAAAGAUAUGGACUCUCGCAUAAUAUUGGAAUCUGCAAUCAAGGAAGCAUCAUUACGUGGUUACAGACCAACGAACAUUGAUAUAAACAUAAUACUAGAGCGUGUGCGAUUAGGAAGAAGAUUAAAAGAUGCCAUAAAAAAGGCACUGUAUGAUAUGCUGGGCUCCGACGUUAUGAUUAAUGUAAAGGCGAAGACUAACGAAGGACUUGAUGCUAUAGGCAGAGGUGAAGCCGUUUCGUGCCAAGUAAUAGCCCAUCUAAAACGUAUAUAAUUUUCGCAGGAUCACAUAACCAUAUUAUCGUAAAAUCGAAUCAAAUCAGUUCAUACCAAUGGGAUAUUAUGGCAGAAAAUGUAUCACUCAGAAGCGAGUGUAAACUGCUGUCUGAUAAAAUAGCUUAACAGUAUAAUAAAUCAACUGCCAUUAGUAGGAUACAAUUAAUACAUUUCGAUGUGGAAAUUGACAUUUACUGU